GAUUAUGUAGGAUCUCCAAAACUGACGCAGCCGCCGAAGAGCACAAGGAUCAUCUAUAUUGGUCGGUUGCUUGUCGCAAUUUCCUAGCUUCACUGCACCGUCACAGGAAGUCAAGGAAAUGGAGGAGCUCCGAAAUUAUCCGGACACCCAUAAGGACGCUGUUGAUGACGACCUCCCGCCGAUGCUGAGCUCCGAAACCCUCGCGGCACUCAGAGAGUUCCUGGCCGAGCAGAACCGGUCCCUCGGCGUUGACCCAGACAUGGACAAUGAAGGAGAGUCGGAGGGGAAGGAAAAGGAGGUGGCUUUGCUUGCGGAGGACUGGAGGAUGAGCCAGUUCUGGUACGACCGCGAGACCGCCGAGACAGUGGCCCAAGAGGUCCUCACUCUCUGCGAGGCCUCCGAUUCUCCCGUCGCUUGCAUCGCUUGUCCCACUCUCUACGCCUAUCUCAAGAAAUUUGAUCAUAAGAUCUCAGUGCAACUUCUUGAGUAUGACAAACGUUUUGAGCAAUAUGGAAGGGAUUUCAUCUUUUAUGAUUACAACCGACCAGAAGAGCUGCCAUUGGAACUGAAGCAUGCUUAUGGCAUUGUGGUUGCAGAUCCUCCUUACCUGAGUAUGGAGUGUUUGGAGAAAGUCACUAAAACGAUUUCCUUUCUUUCUCGACCAGCAGAACCUCACUUGCUUCUACUUACAGGAGAAGUGCAGAAGGACAGAGCUUCUGAGCUUAUGGGUUUGCAUCCAUGUGGUUUUCGGCCUCAGCACUCUAGCAAACUUGGAAAUGAGUUCCGGCUGUUCACAAACUAUGACCCAAAAGAUAGAUUAGGAGGCUGGGAGCGAGGGAAUUAGGUGAACUUUUGAUUGCAGAGUUAUUGAUGGGGGUGACUGAAGAAUCAUGCCUCCCUACCAGAUUCCCAUUGCCAAAAGGAUGAUACGGACCGGUUUUGCAAUGAAAGUGAAUGUCGGGCUACAGGAUGCAGUAUAAAUGAUCUAUCCAGAAUGUCAUAUAUAUUGUUCAUCCAGCUUAUUUUUCGAAACACUUCGCUGCGUUUCCCCUACCCAACCCCUUUACCAAAGUUAGUUUGAUUUUAAUGUUGAACUUGUAAAUUAUCCCAAUUCCUGAAGCAAAAAUUUAGAGAAUGAAAUUCGUUUUA